GUUUAUCGUCUGUUAAAUUGGACAAUACUUCCACAUUAUUCUCCGGACGCAACGUCAUCAUUUAAAAAACACCAGAAGUACACCAAAUGCCAAGUAGACGUCAAACAAAAGUGUCAAAACCUUGUUGAUUUUUAAGUCCAAAAAGAUCACAAACGCAUGCUCAUAAGUUUAACAAGUUCCGAUUUUAAUUUCAAUUCAAUUUAAUUUUUGAUAAGAUGAAGUGAAGUUCUCGGUGUCGUUUAUAAGUAUUUUAAAAGUAAAAUUUCGUUUUUAGUGAUUGUAAAUAUAAGUGAUAACUUAAAGACGAUGGCAAUGUUAUUAAUGGUCCUGUCUAUAGCUGGAUCUAUCCUCUUAACCCCCUUUUUAAUGCUCUUAGUGUGUAUUAUAUUUUUGGCAUCUAUUGGCAAGAGUUUAGGAGUUCGACGACUCUAUGUGAAAACAUUGUUGAUGAUUUUCGAGUACGGUCGAAAAGACAUAGAAUCGUCGUUAAAUCAUAGGAAUAAAGAGGUGCCAGAAGACAUAGAUGAAGGAUACAGUGAAGAAAUUACACAAUCUGAAAAAAGCGCAGAGGAACCUCCUUUAGCCAACGGUCUGGUAAAUGGAGGAAAUAAUGUGAUAAGCCGAGACGAAGGAUUAAUAUUUGUACCCGAACCACCCACGAGUAAGACUGAAGAAGCCGUCAAGGAGGAAAAAUUCAAAGAUUAUGAGCUUUCAAACGUAUUCGAGUAUGUUAAGGCUGGAGUAGAAGCAAUAAUUGAAGAUCAAGUCACUUCGAGAUUCGAAGCCGAAGAAUUGAAAAAUUGGAACUUGUUGAUACGCACAAAUCGUGGUUAUGAAUUCAUAUCAUGGAAACUUACAUUCCUUUGGCUCGGUGGAUUCUUCAUUAGAUAUUUCUUCUUAUUUCCUUUGAGGCUGAUAAUUUGCUGCUUUGGGUUUCUCUCACUGAUAAUAUCAACAUUCGCACUAUCAGCAUGCCCGGGCGGAUCUGUUCGAAGAUGGCUCAAUGAGAAAUUUUACAAGAUUGGAUUUAGGGUAAUGUGCCAAUGUAUUUCAGCAGAAAUCAGUGUACACAAUAAACAAUGGAGGCCAGCUAAAGGAUCAGUAUGUGUGGCCAAUCACACUUCACCUAUAGACGUUAUGAUUUUAUCGACGGAUAAUUGUUAUGCUCUGAUUGGUCAACGUCAUGGUGGUUUCUUAGGAAUUUUCCAAAGAGCCUUAGCCAGAGCUUCACCGCAUAUCUGGUUUGAAAGGUCGGAGACUAGAGACAGAAGUGCCGUUGCAAACAGGUUAAAGGAACACGUCAGCAACCCUAAGAACCCCCCGAUUUUGAUCUUUCCUGAAGGUACUUGCAUUAACAACACCUCGGUCAUGCAAUUCAAAAAGGGCAGUUUUGAAGUCGGCAGUGUGAUUUACCCAGUGGCUAUAAAGUACGAUCCUAGGUUUGGAGAUGCUUUCUGGAACAGCAGCAGAUUUUCCAUGGUACAAUACUUGUAUAUGAUGAUGACUAGCUGGGCAAUAGUGUGCGAUGUUUGGUAUUUACCUCCGAUGUACCAAAGAGAAAAUGAAUCAGCUAUAGAUUUUGCAAACAGGGUAAAAAGUGUGAUAGCGAAACAGGGAGGAUUAGUAGAUCUAGUCUGGGAUGGAGGAUUGAAGAGAGUCAAAGCAAAGAAAGAAUGGAAGGAGAGGCAACAAGAAGAAUUCUCCAGAAGAUUGAAAGCAGAGUAAAUAAAGAAUCCUACAUAUUACGUCACCUAUUUAUAGUGUAAAUAAAUAAUCAAAAAAACAGUCGAUUUCGAUAAGAUGUGUGGUGGUUUAACAAAUUAAUUUUAAUGUAUUAUAUGUUUGAUAUUUUCUGUUUUCGCGUGGCUAGAAAAGGGCGGAUUUAUGUAAUUUUUUGAAAUUGUAUUCAGCUUUACAGUUUGAUUUUUAACCGAUGUUAUACAUGCGGUGCAAUCAUCAAGUAGUUUUAAUCUAUCACUUGAAUACACAUACAAAUUGUCUAUUACGUUGUGUAGAAGACAGGUAUAUAGUUUUUCGGAAAUCGAUAACAGGAAAUCUCGGAAACGGAAAUCACAUUCAUUGGAAUUUAAAAAAGGGGAUAAUUUUACCAUUUUCUCUCAUUUUGCACAUUUUCUAUCUUGGUCAAUCAUAUAUAUGAUCAACAAUCCACUCUACACUUUGUCCAUAUCUGUUGCAGUGCAUGUCCAUGUUUCACUCUGAGAAAAUUGAGAUUGAGAAGAAAAGAGACAACUCAAAUUUUGCGAAAGCUAACGUCUAUUAACUUAUCAGUAUUUUCGUUCAUCCAUUUUUGUUAUUCAAAAUUUGUGUUUGAAAGCAAACACAGAAAACAUGGAAAUGCUCAUUAUACAAGGAAAAGUGGAAGGCCGAAGAUCACGAGGAAGAUCCCCAACAAGAUGGAUCGAUCAAAUUACAGGAAUAUGCAAAAUACCUAUGCAUGAGUUAAAAGAAAUGACCAGAUACAGAGAUCUUUGGAGAGGGACAAUACACGACAUCACGUCGAACACUACACUCCCUCCGGGGUGCUCAGGAUUGAAGAGAGAGAGAGAUAGAGAGAGAGAGAGAGAGAGAGAGAGAGAGAGAGAGAGAGAGAGAUUUCUAAGAAUUUCCACUAAGACAUCUAUUACAUUAUGUAUGGGAUCAGAUAUUGGUAUUUCGUUAGAGUUGAAAAAGGUUAGAGGUACUAAACACCAUCAAAUCUUGAAAGUUGAAAUACUUUGGACACAUUAUGCGAAAUGAAUCCAGAUAUGCCCUACUACAAGCCAUCCUGCAAGGAAAAAUAUUGGAAAGCGAGGUUCAGGAAAAAGAGAACGUCCUGGUUAAAGAACCUCAGAACCUGGUUCAACACAACAUAUGUGCAGCUUUUCCGCGUUGCUGCAGAUAAAGUGAAGAUUGCCAUGAUGAUCGCCAACAUUCGUCACGGAUAAACACACCAAGAAGAAGAAAGAGUUGAAAGAAUGUAAUUGAACAGUCUUAUUUUACACUGGAACUGAAAUACUGAAAGUACUUUUUGUAUAUAACUAUAUAAGAGCUUCACAGAUGCUGUUAAAGCCUUCUGCUUCUCUUUGAAAUUGUGGUUUAUCUCUGUGGAAUUGUGAUUUUUUUAACAUUUUUCAACUUCAAAAAAAGUUGUGAAACGUGUUUUUUAAGGUUUAUAAAGGGUGUUUCAUUGGGAAACGGAAAUACUUUAACGGUGAAUAGAGGUCACCGAGCCGGUUCUAGAUAUACCACAUUUUUUGCCCUACCGACUUUUAUAACGGAGUUACAGGGUGUUUUAUCGAUUUUACCCAUUUCUUUCCUAAGCCAUAACUUUGGAACCACCCUGUAUAUUUUUUUGAUAUUCGGUACACAUAUGUCGCAUUCAAAACCCAAACGCGCGACAUACUAACCAUACGAAAAAUCCAGGUCCGGAUUAACAAAAAAUUAUAAAGUAAUUGUGACCUUAAAACAACACCCUGGAUAUUCAAAUUAUGAAAAUCUGUUUGCAUAUUUGAAAAGAGCACAAAAAACUAAGUCGAAUCGUUCGCUUCAAUUUUUCGGCCAGACAAUUUUAUGACUUUAAUUUUGAAAUUAUGUUGAAUUUUUUAAGAACUCUGACAUUAAAAAGCAAAUAUUAUUAACUUUUAGUUAUAAAUUAUUAACGUUAAUGAAUAAAUACUCAUUUUAAAAAUAAUCAAUACUUAUUUACAACAUUGGAACGACCCAAUUACAGUGCCGGCAAAAAAAUCUUUACAUUGUCAAAUAAAUCACCAAAUUUGAAGACAAUUUGCAUGCGUGCUGACAGUGCUUGAGGGGAAGGGGAGGGGAGGGGGGAUAGCGUACUUCCGACGGCAAUUAUCUGUAGUUUACGGACCGCUUGGCUUAUUUAGGGUAUUCUGAGCGUUUGCACUGUAAACAGUUGGCUUUGUGUGGGUAGUUAGUGUUAAACUUCGUCCCAUUUACCGCAUAAAGUUUGUGAUCGUCAAAUUCUAAAUUGAACUGACAAAUAUGUGUCGAAAGAAACUUACAAAAGAAGAGAAGGUUCAUGCUUAAACAUUACUGGAGAAAGGAGACUCUGUAAUUACCAUAGAACGUGAUAUUGGUGCUUCAAGAGGGGCUAUUUACCAACUGAAACGUUCGGCUGCAACGUUUCAGUUGAUAAAUAGCCUCUCUUGAAGCACCAAUAUCAUGUGCUACGGUAAUUACAGAGUCUGUAAUGUUAAAGUUUCUGUAAUGUUCUCCAGUAAUGUUAAAGCACGAAGUCUCUUUUGUGAGUUUCUUUCGACCCAUAUUUGUCAGUUCAAUUUAGAAUUUGACGAUCUCAAACUUUAUGCGGUAAAUGAGACGAAGUUUGACACCGACUACCCGCACAAAGCCAACUGUUUACAGUGCAAACGCGCAGAAUACCCUAAAUAAGCCAAUCGGUCCGUAAAGUACAGAUAAUUGCCGUCGCAAGUACGCUAUCCCCCCUCCCCUACCCUCCCGUCCAAGCGCAGACAGAACGCAUGCAAAUUGUCUUCAAAUUUGUUGAUUUAUUUGGCAAUGUAAAGAUUUUUUUGCCGGCACCUAAUGACAAGAAAAAUCCAGGUCCGGAUUAACAAAGAAAUAUAAAGUAAUCGUGACCUUGAACCAACACCCUGUAUAUUGAAAUUUAGAAAAUUUGUCUGUGCAUUUUAAAAGAGCAUAAAAAACUGUGAUUAAAGGUCCAUUUUAAUUUUUUCGCGGUUGAUUUAAUUACAUCAAUUUUGAAAUUUUAAAGAACUCUGAGAUUAAAAACCAGGUAUUAUUAACUUUUAAUAAUUUAAUGUUAAUGAAUCAAUACUUAUUUUAAAAUACUUAAUUCUUAUUUACUACGUUGGCUUCAUGGAUUCUCUGGAUUUGUAGCUGUAUGCACAUCAUUAAAAAUUAUAAUUGCGAGAAUUGGGAUAUUUUAAUGAUUUAGUAAAGAAUUUAAAAAGCAGCUAUAUCUAAUAAAAAAAAUCGUUUAAACAAUUCAACAAUUUAACAUAAAUUAAAAAUAUUUAAAAUAUAACAGUUGCUCAAAAUGUCUGCUAUUUUGUUCGACGCAUUUUCUUGCUCAUUUUAAAAGAUUUCGAAUCGAUUUUCUAAUUACAUUGGGAUUGUUCUUUAUUUUCUGGCAGCUUCUUGUGACCUUGACAUAAUUAAUCAAUAUGAUUUCAAAAUUGCCGUAAUUAAAUUAUCUGCGCAAAAAUUUGACAUGCACCUUUUAACGCCGUCUUUUAUGCUCUUUUAAAAUACACAAACAAAUUUUCAAAAUUUCAAUAUACAGGGUGUUGUUUCAAGGUCACAAUUACUUUAUAUUGUUUUGUUAAUCCGGACCUGGAUUUUUCUUAUGGUUAGUAUGUCGGUCGUUUGGGUUUUGAGUGAGACAUAUGUGUACCAAAUAUCAAAAAAAUAUACAGGAUGGUUCUAAAGUUAUGGCUUAGGAAAGAAAUGGGCAAAAUCGAUGAAACACCCUGUAACUCGGUUAUAAAAAACAUGUAGUAUAUCUAGAACCGCCUCGGUGACCUCUAUUCACCAUUAAAGUAUUUCCGCUUCCCAAUGAAACACCCUGUAUAGUACUGACAACAUCUUUACUUGAUGUAAGUAUAUUCUGAAAUAAAAUAGAUAAAUUCAAACUGUAUGUUCGGAAAAUUUGCACUGGAUUCCCUUAUAUAUAACACGACAUUUCACCGCAUUGUAAUUUCUUCAGAUGUUAAGGAUAGCCUAAAACUUUUGGAUGUAAUUUUUAGUAAAUUAUUUUAUAGAAAACUAAGGAAAACGUUUUCUUUGGUUAUGCACACACGAUUUUAUGAUGUUAAUUAGUACCUAACGUAAAUUCGCUCUUGUAGUAAACACAUCUAGUCCAUAUUUUAUCUGGGUAAAGUAACACUUGAAACACACACAUUUAGUGGUGUUGAUUUAAUUCAUAUUAUACACGGUGUCAAUUCAAUACAAUUCAUAUUAAACAUCGGAUCAAAAAAACUGAAGAACACGUGUUCAAUAUUUUUCAAAAAUCUAUCAAAUGACACCAAAUACGACCCCCGGCCGCACCCCCUAGAGCGGAAAGAGGCUAAUUUAAAAUCUUACAUGGAAACCCCCAUUUUUAUUAAAUAUUUCGAUUCCUGAUAAAAAAUAAGUAACUUUUAUAAGGAACAUGUUUUUCUAAUUGUUGAUAGAUGGCUGUGUUCCGAUGUGUGGGUUAACGGAAUCGAUUAAAAAUAAGUGUAAACAACGAACAGUAAUAUUUAUUUUAUUUUUGGUUAAAAGGCGUGCUUAUUCAUCUCGUAAGAGGGUUGUUUAUUGUUUGAGGGCAGCGAAGGUGCGUCUGAACUGCCUGCCUGCCGUGACGAUACUGCAGAGACCACACCACUAUUAUCAUCAUGUUUGCGGUUUUACAAUAUGGCUAGAAAAGGCAAUAAAUUACUACAUCUGGCGUUUUAAAAGCUCAGAACCUUUCUGUAGUUUUAAGAAACGUCUUCGAAUGCAUUUCCAAAGUGCGUUAUUGACAUAAGGUCUGAUAAGGUAAUUAAUUUAUGGGGAAUUCAGUUUGUUAAACUGAACACACCAAAAACAUAUGGUUAGGGAUACAUUUCGUUUCGUAAAACUUAACGACCCUUUUUAGCAUCUGGUUUGUAUAUUAAAUGUGAAUUUUAUAUGACCCAUAUUAUUUCGUUUUGAGAAAAGUUAUUAAAAAAUAAAAUUAGCAAAAAUAGUAAUUAAAGCGUGUCGCCACAGCUGAUUGGAAAGAACGAUAUAGCGUGAUAUCCUAGGGAAAGUAUGAAAACGCUUUAAUAUCUAGCUAGAGAAAUACACUUCCGAAUGAAAAACCAAAAAAAGCGUGUUUAAUAUUUUAAAAAAAUCUGUCGAAUGACACCAAUAACAACUCCGCACCACCCGUCUGGAAGUGGGGUGGGGGACAACUUUGAAAUCUUAAAUGGAAAACCACAUUUUUUAUUGCCGAUUAGGAUUAUACGUGAAAAACUAUCUAUCCAUCGAACCUUCAUCUAUCCAUCGUUGGACAUAGGCCCCCCAUCUCUUUCCACUGGUUUCUAUCCAGCGCUGUGGUCAUCCAUCUGGAUCUGGCAUGCUUUUUGUGGUCGUCGCUUCAUCUCAUCUGAGGCCUUGACUCUCUUGUGUUCCCAUGGUCGCCAGUAGAUCAUCUGCUUGUUCCAUCUUUCUUCUGCUUGUCGGAUGAUGUGACCUGCAAAUUUCCAUUUGAGUUUUGCCACCUGUUCCUUAACGUCUUUUACUUUGGUUACCCUGUGAUCCAGACGUUUCUUUUGCGAUCUUAAAGUUUUAUAUGCAGCAUCUGUCUUUCCAUCGAUCUUUGCGCUUUUGCCACUUUAUCGAUAUUCUCCUUUGUAAGUGUCCAAACUUGGGAGCCAAUUGUGAAGAUAGGAAGUAUUCACUGGUUAAAAAUUCGCGUUAUAAGAUAUUGCGGGUAUUUUUUGUUUUUUUUUUUAAAUGUAGCUUAAUUUACCGAAUGCUACCCAGGCCAGUCUGAUUCGUCUUUUUAUUUCUGCCGUCUGGUUUUCCUUGCUAAAACUAUACAAGUUUUAUCUGAAUUUUUUUCGAUUCGCGAUAGAUGGCGCUGAACCGCAGAAAAAAAUAUGCAGAUUAUACAGAGUCUGCAAACUAAUUUGUAUGGUACUGUAACGACGUACUGUAGGAGUAAUGGAAAAUAGAAUUUGACAAGAUGUUGAUAUGUCAUAUAACGGGAUGUAACGUGUUACACAAUUUGAAGAACAUGUCCUCGGUUGCUCAGUAUAUGGAAGAGAUAUGGGGAUGGUUCUUAACGGGGUGUUAUCCGGGGUAUCCUCUUAUUAGCUUAGAAACAAAAAAAAAAUAGUAAAAUCAAAUAAGAAUAUCAAAUAAAAAGAAAUAAAAUAUUGGGCGACACUGGUUUCCUUGUGGGAACCAUAAAUAUACAAAAAUAGAAACGUAAAAGAAAAGAUAGCUAAAUCAAAAAUUAAACAAAAACCUAGUCAAUACAAAAUAUAUAAAAUACUUAUGGCGUGACUUACCUUAUCUAUGUCUUUACUAAGAAAAUUCUUUGUUGUACUUACGAAACAAGAGAAAGGGAAAAGACAAUAAUAAAUAAUAUUUUGCAAUGAACCAAACUUUUUUAUUGAAACAAAAUAAAAUAAAAUUAAAAAGAUCUGUGAUCUCCUGCGGUUUUACAUAAAAAGAUCAUGUUUACCAAAAAGAAAAUGAAAAGUUUACAAAAAAAUAAUACCUUGUAUACUAGUCCUAUAUCUUCUCUUGGUUGGUUUUAAGUCCAAGGCACAGUUCACUUCACUAAAUGUCACUUUACAAAGGAAUAGAUACAUUAAGAGUACAUCAAUGGUAGUUCCCAUAGUUUAUAGAAAAAUUCAGCCUUUAUUUCUUAAAACAAAUCGGCACUGCUCGAACAAAAUAUUGAAGAACUCAUUAGUCCUUUCGUAUAUUAAACGCGAUCAAAAAAAAUAUAAAAGCAACUCCAUGCUUUAACUAUGAUGUCAUAAACUGCUAACACAAAAAAAUUAUAAUCCUGCCUGCAUGUAAGAAAAAUUUAUACCAAUAGUGGUAUGAUAAUACAUAUCGACAUCCGCCUAACAGUAGCGAAAAUGCCGGAGUACACGUUGUAUGCCGGGCUGAGUUAAGCUACAAGCAUUAGCCAGCCGGCCGAAGAAACUCAAAUUCAACUACAUCUUAAACUUCGACGACUCAAACUAGACUUCUCUAUAGCUCAAACGUAACUGCUUGACGGUUCAAACGUAACUGAAUUUUUCGAUCUCUCAAACUCAAUCCUCAGAAAUCAAACGCCCCUUCCAAAAUCAUUUAAUUUCCCCAUCAAUAAUCCUCAACGACCAAUUACAGACUUAAGGCACUCACUUAAUCAAAAUCUUAACCAAUAGGAGAAUGCAAAAUACGUUCUGGGUUAAACCUUCUGGCGUAAACCAAAAACAGCUCGUUCAAUCACCAAGAGGAUAAACAAAACCGAUUUCAGUAGUUCCUACGACCCUCUUCCCACGAAAAAUGCCAAAUCAACGAAAAAGACACUUGGACUCUCAACCAAACUUAGACCCACUUUAUCCCGAUAAGAUAAACAGUUUCCAGUUUCACAGUCGCCAAAAACACAUUAGUGAAAGAUUUAUAGCCAAAGAUCACUUUGGCGGUUAGAAUUAGCGUAAACACGUGGAGAAAUAAAAAUUUAUCUAUUCACGAGAAACACAACCUCUGCCUAUGGCUGAUCCAAUAUCUUGAGAACGAAAGAACCAAACAUUUCCACGCAAUACACGGUACAAUUCCUGAAACGGAUUUAGUAUACAGGGUGAAACGAUAGUAUUAGGGAUUCAAAAACGUUAAUGAUUUUUGUACCCGUUACAAUACCGAAUACAGUUUUCAUGUAGAAUCAGAACCUGCAAUAGAAAAUAGGGUUUCCUAUAUAAGGCAGCGGUUAGACACCGCGAUAAAUUCGAGUAAUUUAUCGAUAUCGAUCGAGUUGUUUCAAUUUAUCGUUGUGUGUAAACGGUACAUCGUAGCGAUUUAUCGGAAUUGGAGUUGGUAUCGGAUUGCAUCAAUUUAUUGUAGCGAUCUAGUUGUUUCAGUUUAUAAUCAAUCGCGACAAUAUAUCGCAGUGUCUAAACAGCUUUAAAAAAAAAUCAAUAAAUCGUAGCAAUUUAUCGUCACAAUAAAUUGCUCGCAUUUAUCGCGGCUUCUAAACGCCACUUAAGAUUUCAAUCUUAAAAAAACAGAAACAAAAACAAUUUUUCGACUGUUUCGCUAAACUGCUUUUAUUCACAAAAACAUAAUCUUUCGUUGUUUAUUUACAACGCGAUUUUGGUUGUUUACAGUAUUAUUAUUACUUUCCAGAUUAAUGAUCAAAUUAUAUGGCUUUAAACUUAUUGAUAUUUAUGACUUAAUAAAGUAUAGUUUAAAAAAAAUGUAUUCUUAUUUGCUUUUGUCAUGUUUUAAGUGUUAUGUUACCCAGGCCAUUUGUAGAUGCAUAUGUCGUGAUAUACUAUUACCAGACUCAUUUGAAUUUGUACAAUGUCCUUCUAUUUUUAAAUGAGCCAACCUAUUUGAGAAGGCCAUUAAAUAUAUUUCACUUUUUAAUAAUGACAGUAGUAAGGAUUAAAAAUAUAUUUUAGCUGAGUAGUGGUAUUUUUGGUAGCGCAGUAUUUUUCUACGAAUCAAGGAUUUUUAAGAGCUUCUUUAUAGUUGUUCUAUUUUCUUCGAUGUUGCUAGAUAUUUUCGCUAACAGAAUAAAUGAGGUCCGUAGAAUAAAAAUAUUGAAUAUAGACGGUAAUAUUUCUUUUCAAUUCGAUGAUCACUAUUUCUCUAUACGUAUUUUAUGGUUUUUCAGUCGUCAGGAAAACUCAAACUGCAAGAAUUAAACUGUAUCUGAUAAUUAUUAUCAAAUAAUGUACCAGUGGAUGCUUGUAGCGACGACGUUCUUCUUUGUUUUCUUAAUUUUAAAUUGUCACCGACGAGAGGCAUACACUAUUCCUAUACAUAUACAGGGUGUGAGUAAAUAAGUAUGAAAAACUUUAAGCGGCAAUUCUACAUGAAAAAAUAAUUUCAGUUUGUUCUAUAAACGUAUGUCCGCAAAUGCUUAGUUUCCGAGAUACAGGGUGUUGAAAUUUUUAUUUCAAACUGCGAAUUUUUUUAUUGCUUUAAGACCGUUUGAGCUAUGGAAAUUAAAUUUGGUGGGUUUUCAGAGGUAGCUAUUGCGCAUUUUUUAUAUUCAAAUAUUAAUUUUUUAUUCAUCAUUGGCGCACCUACGGGUAAUGAUCUGAAUUUUUUUUUUAAGAAAAAAAAAUAGUACGCCUUUGAGAUAUUUCAAAUUAAAAAUUAUUUUUGUAUUCCACGUUUAAUUUAUAAUAAAGAACCUUUCUUAUCUUUUUUUCAUAUGGUGCACCGUUUUUAUGCAAAAAAUAAAACAUCUACGCGCGUAUUUUUCAUUUCGUUUCAAACUUGAACAAUGACAGAAAAUAUUUCUAAAUGUGCAAGGCUACAACAAAUGUUCAAAAUGACCUCCUUUGAAGGUGACAGAGUAAUUUUAUAUUCGCCAUUGGCGCGCGUACGGGUAAUGGGCUGAAUUUUUUUAAAGAAAAAAAUAGUACGCCACUGAGAUAUGUCAAAUUAAAAAUCAUUUUUGAAUUCCUCAUUCAAUUUACGACAAAAAAUGGUUCUUGUCUUUUUUUCAUAUGAGGCGCCGUUUUUAUGCAAAAAAAAGAAUGUGUGUGUACUUUGUACGCACGUAAGAAGUUAUACUUCUAUUACAUAUUAUGUGAUUUUAACGAAAUUGAUAUAAUGUACUUUAAACAGUUUAUUUAUAUUUUAUUUAAAUAUUAAACUAAUUUUAAUACUUACUACGUUCCAAAAAUUUUUAUUAAGACAAUACCAAAAAUUAAAAAAAAUAAAAGAAUAAAACGCACACAAACACAUUGAAAAAUGCCACAAAGAAAAAAUGAUUUCUGAACGAUAAUUGUUGGCAAAAAUUUUAAAUACGCAUUUUCUGAAAAAAAAAUUAUAUAUACUUACAAUCAUAAAAUGCAUAAAAAAAUAAAAACUUCCAUCGGGAUUCGAACCCGCGAAUUUGGGGGCGCUUUGAUUCGUAAUCGAAGCCUAGACUCACUCAUCCAAUUACACAUUAUUUGUCUUGUGGAAAAAUAGGGUAACUGAACGUUUUACUGGUUGACAGUUGUUCUGAAUUUAAUCAAAUUAUGUAGUUUGAUUUUUGUGGAAGAAAAUAUUAAAAUAUAACAAAACAGUAAGAAAACAAUAUAUUAGAUGAAUAUUGGUGGAACUUUUGUUGGUAAUCAAAUUAAGUAUGUAAAUCAAAGCAUUACAUACCUACCAGAUAAAUAAAAAUACGCCAAAAAAUCAUAAUUUAAAAAUAAAAAUCGGACCUAAUUUCGGAUUUCUCUCUAAAAUCCUCAUUCUUGAGAAAAUAAAUGUAUUCCAACCUAAUCCAAAUGUAUAAUUACAAUAUGAUUAUAAUAAAAACUACUUACCAAAUUAGAAUGAGUUUUCCUUGUCCAAAAUAGUCCAAAAGUCCAAAAAUAUAUAUGAAAACUAUUUAAAAAGGCAGUAUAACUAUUAACUAACUUUUGUUUGUUGUUUCUAUUCCCACAAAUUUCAAAACGCAACAACCAUAAAUAAUCAAACCACAGCUGUGCCACAGCCGCCGUAUUAAAUAAUUUUUGACAUGUCAUUUGAACAUCCAAUCAGAACAAAGUUAUAAUGCGACUGUGCCCAGACUGAAGGUUUUAAUCAUAUUAUUCACCCUCAUAUCGCGGCUAAAGAAGUAUAACUUCAAUAAAACAUCUUAACGUUUACAAACUAUUUGAAAUAAGUUUCUAUGCAUAUGAAAUCUACCUCGAAUAAUUUGUAAGCGUUAAGAUGUUUUAUUUUUUUGUAUAAAAACAGCGCCGCAUAUGAAAAAACGGUAAGAAUGAUUUUUUGUCCUAAAUUGAACGAGGACUUCAAAAAUGAUUUUGAAUUUAACGCAUCUAAGUGGCGUACUAUUUUUUCUAUUUAAAAAAUUCAGACCAUUACCUGUACGGGCGCCAAUUGUGAAUAUAAAAUUAUUCUGUCACCUUUAAAGGAGGUAAUUUUGAACAUUUGUUGUAGCUUUGCUAAAAUCUUUGCCUAGUUAAAAUCUUUUUAGUAAUAUUUUCUGUUAUUGUUUGGUCCUACUUUGGUAUUAUUAUAUUGGAGGGUUUUUGAUAAUGUAUUAAGAAAUAAAAAAUACGCGCAAAGAUGUUUUAUUUUUUCGCAUAAAAACGGUGCACCAUAUGAAAAAAUACAAGUAAGGUUCUUUUUCAUAAAUUAAACGUGGAACACAAAAAUAAUUUUUAAUUUGAAAUAUCUCAGUAGCGUACCAUUUUUUCUUUAAAAAAAUUCAGACCAUUACCCGUAGGCGCGACAAUGAUGAAUACAAAAUUGUUAUUUAUUAGUCAAAAAAUGCGCAAUAACUACCUCUUAAAACCCACCGAAUGUAAUUUUCAUAUCUCAACCGGUCUUAGAGCAAUAAAAAAAUUGGCAGCUUGAAAUAAAAAUUUUAACACCCUGUAUCUCGGAAACGAAGCAUUUGCGGACAUACGUUUAUAGAGCAAACUGCCAUUAUUUUUUCAUGUAGACUUACCCCCUAAAGUUUUUCAUAGUUAUUUACUAACACCCUGUAUAGUUAAAUAAAUAGUCAUUCACGAAUCAGAGACGUGAAUCUACGGACACAUAAGCAGAUUUAGGUUUCUCGGAUAGGGAAUAUUAUGUAAAAAUUAAAGUACGGUAAUGGUACUUUUCGAUAGUGAUAUAAAAUUCAGGGCGUUGCAUUUAAAAUUUCUGAGAAAAGAAUGUACUUGCGUUUUGACUCACCCUGUAUUCGAUAUGAAGAAAAUUAGCAACUUCAACAGUUCUUAAAAAUUUUCACAAUCAAUAAAAAAUAUGGCACCAAUAAACCAUUGCUGUUGUGCUUAUUUUUAUGUAUGCAGGGAGCUAAACUUGUUACAAUGUUCAUAGAACAUUGGUUAUAACUUUGUAAAUAUCCUGUAUAACAUAACAAACCUUUAUAUUUUUGUGAUUGGGAAGUUAAGAAGAUUUCGAAUAUAAAAUAAAAAUAUAGGGUGUUCCAUUUAAAAAAACAUAAGUUUUUUCUGCCACUAUGUUAUCGAACACCCUGUAACAUUCUAACUAAUUUUUUAAUGUGAAGCUCAAAGUUGGCUACAAUUUUUGUUAUUAACUUUUAUUGCUAUCUAUUACUAUAGCGGAUCUACUGAGCUUUAUCACACUAAUCAAUCACCCUGUAUAAUUUUAAUUUUGUUUAUAAAAUACUUUGUUGACAUACCCUGUUCAGAUUUUUAAAUUAUUUACUGAGUUUAAUUGGGAAUUAACCACAAUUUUUGUUUAAAAUAAGUUUAUUUUGACGUUUCUAUUUCCACUUCGGAAAAUCGAAGCAUCAAAAUAAAAAUAUUUUAAACUGAAAUUGUCAUUAAUUUCUAAUAAAAAUAGUAAAUUAUAUUAAAAUGUCACAAGAAAAUAGCUUCAGAACAAUGUUUACUUAUUGUCAUCAUAUGUUUGUCAUAUAAACAUAAGUUUUUUUAACGAAGUAACUAUUCAAAUUGUGAUGGAAGUACAUUGUACAUAAUUUAAAUACAUAAUUUUAUGUUUAUGUAGUCGCUUGUAGAAAAAGGGUUAAUCGUGAUAUGGAUACGCCAAUAUUCCCUUCUAGAAUUAGGCAACCAAUUCUUCAAAAAAAUAUACUUUUAAUUUUAAGAUAACAAACCUUUAGUUAGUAAUUUUAUUUAUUUUUUUAAAUGCAAAGUGUUCACAAAGUGAUGGGUAAAAUAUUAAUUAAGAAUAUUGUUAAGUUUGUCGUAAUUGAGUUCUAUUCCACCAUAUUCGUUGAAUUUCCAAAAUUUUAGUGAAUAAAAAACAGAUUAUGAACUUUUUUGUAAAGUGUAAACAGAGUUUAAAUUUUUAUGUGAGCUUCAUAUGAUCUAUACACUGUUUUUGAACCAGGAGGAGUAAACUCAAAAACUUACACCAAUAAUGUCAUUAAAAAUCACCAAAUACAUCUUUUUUGGUUAAUACGUCGCUAAAGAGUUUUAAAAACAACUGUUCUUUAUAUAAGAGCAGACUAAUAAUCUAAAAAUUAAAGGAAUAUCGCAGAAAUCGCAAAAAUUCGCCGAUAUAACUUAGUUAACCUAUGAAAUGUCAAUAGUGUCAAAAUUUCAUAAUAGUGGAGUGAACUUGCCUGAUGUUGAACCAAUUACAAACAAGCAUUGAAUUACUCCUCCUAGUUUAAAAACAGGGUUUGGUUAAAAUCAACAUUGUGUAUUCAACAUUAAUCACAAGAGAGUGAGAAUAAAUUGAAAAUAUUGUGGCAAUUUUUUGAAAACUUGUUGCCUGGCAAUAGACAGGAGAGUCCACAGGGCUGGAGUGACUAUUUCCGAAUGGAAACAAGUUUGAUAAACACAUUGGAGCAUUAUUUUCUUAUUUAUUCUUACUAUCGUGUGAUAUUCGUAAGAUUAUUUUUAGGACUUACAUACAAAAUUCAAGUCUUUGUACCUAAAUAAACAUUCAGUGACAUUUAUCACAUCUAACGUUUUUCAACUUGUCGAAGUGAACAGCACAAUUCAGCAAAUAUUCAGACGAAGAUAUCAAUAUAUUGGUUAAAUAUAAAGAAUUAGUUAAAAUAUAGUUCAAAAUAUUAGUUAAAAUUAUUUAUAAAAAUACAGUUUUAUUCAUGAAAUAAUCUUACCGAAUUAUGCAGAACCGAUCUUACCGAUUAUUAGAUGCAGAACUCUAAGUUCAUUAUGAUUCAUUUUCUUAAAUGUCACAGUUGUCAAAACUAUAAAAUUCGUUGCAAAUAAACAGAAACAAUCUACUUAAAAUUAUUCCCACUGUAAUAAUCCACAGUAGAAUAUGCCCCAACAUUAAUAUCACAAGAGAGUGAGAAUAAAUUGACAAUAAUGCGACAAUUUUUUGAAAACUUCUUGCCUGGCAUUAGACACGAGAACCCGGAGGUGCUGAGUGACUAUUGCCGAAUGGAAACAAGUUUGAGAAAAAAAUUGCAGCAUUAUUUUCUUAUUUAUUCUUACUAUCGUGUGAUAUUCGACAGAUUAUUUUUUAAUACUUACAUACAAAAUUCAAGUCUUUAUAUAAAAACAUUCGGUGACAUUUAUCCCAAUUAAUGUGACACACCUAUUUCAACUUGAUGAUGAAGUAAGUGUGAAUAUAUACACGAGUCAGUCCUAAAACAUGGAUGUAAUUUUAAUUUAUAUUGGACAACCGUUAGUACUAUCAUCGAUGUACGGUACUGAUAUGGUCAAAGGAUAGAAGAGACUAAUCUAUCAAAUCUGCUAUUAAACGGGAUAUCGCUAGAUAACAGAAAAAGUGGUAGGUCUAAAAAAAUAUCGAGAGACGACAUAGAAAAAAAAAUAUCACACAAAUUAUGAGACGUUUGACAAAUUUGACAUAACGUAUGUCACAUUCAUCUUUUUUACUGGCGUGAUACUUCUUCCUAACUGUUAUAUUUUAAUAAUCUUCAAAAACAUGCAUAUCAAGCUGGUAUUCCUUUUUCUCAUGAGCAUCUUUUAGUGCGUCAUAGUUUUUCGAUUUCUUUCUAACGCAUUAAAUUGUAUGUGACAGAAAAAAGGCACGUCGGUGAUUACACAGACAUUUAUAACAUUUAUUCUAGUUAUCGAUAGAUGGUGCUAUAAUCGAAAAAAAAUAUUUACGAAUUACAGUAGAACCCCGAUUAUCCGUGUGCGGAUUAUCCGGGCUGCGGAUUAUCCGUGCUAUUAUUUUCUAUUACAUAAAUUGCAUUUUUGAGGUUUUAUCAAAAUAGCGUCACUGUAAAUCACUCGACGGAAACUCUAUACGCGGAGAGGGAGAUUCAUAAUGAAAGAUUUAUUUUUUGUGUUUCUUUUUAUGGUAGGGCUAUAUGUAUGGAUAUACGUACAUAUGUAUAACAAUAAGAAAUAAAUGUUCGGAUUAUCCGUGCUUUUCAAUUAUCCGUGUCAACGUCCGGUCCCGAGGAGCACGGAUAAUCGGGGUUCUACUAUAAUAUAUCUACGAAUAUAAUCUGUACAAUUUAUAAGACUACACAAAUCAAAGAAAAUACCAUUUUAUAAAUGCAAUAAACACAAUUGAUUUGUUUUUAUGUGACAUUAUUAUGACAUUUAUGUUAUUAUGUGACAUUUUUAUGUGAUUUUAUGAAUAAAAUGUGACAACUGUCAGAUUUAACUAAAAUGCCAUGUUAGAAUAAAUGUUAUAAAUGUGUAUUAUCACGGACUUACCUUUUUUUCUAUCAUUUGUGGCGCACUGAAAAAUGCUCAUGAAAAGGACCAUAAUGCAGUCUCACGUUUGAGAUGUUCUGCCUUAUGUUCACAAAAUAUUAUAAAGUUUAUACGUAAAAUACAGGUUAUGGUGAAAUACAGGUUAUAAAUACAUAAAUACAGGUUAUGGUGAAAUAGGACUCAGAUGUACCGUGUAAUGAUAUUUGUAUUGAUGGUUGUGCUUUUAAUGUUUAAUUUUUUUAAUUUAGGCUUCAAUUUUCACCUGUUUUUGUUACGUAUAUAUAAAUGUAAAAUUAGUGUUGAACAUUUAUAUAACUGUAACAUUAAAUGUUACAUUGUUAAAUGUUGUAAUCUAGCAAAAACUUACUGUAACUUACUGUAAGUAAAAAAAUUGCUGUAAGUUGUUGAUCUCUUCACAUUUUUCUCUUAUUUACAUUUAGCCUUACCAAUUCAAGCUUUUCGACCGUAGUUUGUCUGAAUAUCUGCAUGUAAUUUAUUAAAAUACUAUAAAACCUAUAAAUCAUUUAAUAUUGGUAUAAGAUAAAGUAUUUAACUACACUUUAAACUGCUGGUUUGAUUUGAAAAAAAAAAUUGUAAACUAAAACUGCAGAAAAUUAUUAAAAAUAAUUUGCUUGUCCGAAUACGUCACCGAGGUCUUUAAGGCCAUUCACCGAUAGCUAUAAGGAUGACACCCUUAGGAAAAUUGUCCAGCUUCUACCAGCCCUUGCUUCAAUUUUUGUUACCAUGAUCUUUUUACGAAAUGAACACAAAAUAAAACUAAGUUACAUUGAAAUAAUAAUAAACACCUACAAAUAAGUCCAACAUGACUUUAUCAUGACCUUAAUUUGCCUUAUUGUUUCUUUAAAAAUUUGUUUUUGCCGGAAAUGCGUAAAUAAGCUAGCAUAAUUCCAAAUGGCAAAAAGAAAAAAAUCAGUGAUAUUAGUGAUAUCACAAUAAAAUGCAUCUGGGUCAACACUAAUACCGAUACCGUGUAGGCUCUCCUCUACUUUUUAUGACUGCAUUUAUGCGUUGAGGCAUACUUGAUACCAAAUGUUCAAAAAAAGCUUGCGGAAUAUUCUCCCAUUCUUCAAUAACGGCCUCAAUGAGUUGGUUGUGAUUGGCAAUAGGGGUCUACGACUUCGAAUCUUUUUUUGAGAUAGUCCCAUAGAUGCUCUAUAGGAUUAAUGUCCGGACUGUUAGGUGGCCACUCUAAUAAUGGAAUAUCAACAUCAUUUAGGUAGCCAAUAACCUGUCGAGCCACAUGAGGACGAGCGUUGUCUUGCAUGAAUAAAAAAUUAUGUCCAAGAAACGGAGCAAAAGGCAUUACAUGUUCGACAAUAAUGUUGUCUAAGUAAUAAUGGGCAUUCAUAGACCUCGUACGUAUGGGGACCAACUCCGUACGAGCUUCAAAACAAAUUCCCCCCCCCCAAAACAUUUUAGAGCCACCACCAAAAGGUACUUUAGGAGAAAUAUUGCAGCUGACAAACCUUUCUCCUCGCCUUCGAAAGACACGUUCACGACCAUCUGGAGCUUUUAGGCUUACUCUAGUCUCAUCGGAGAAAAAAACUCGUUUCCAAUCAUCGAUGGUCCAAUUUUGAUGCAAUCUUGCAAAAUUCAAUCUCUGAACCCUGUGUUCUCUGGUAAACAAGGGUUUUUUGGCCGGUUUCCUGUUGCUCAAUUCCACUUCAUGUAAACAUCUUCUAACUGUUCGAGACGAUAUCGUGACAUUUCGAGCAUCUGCUAGUUCAUUUUUUAGCAAAUUGCUGGUGACUCUCCUAUCUCUGAGAGCACGUCGUCUCAAAAAACGAUCAUUAAUUUGAUUAGUGCAACGUUUUCACCCUUGCCCUGGUCUUCGAUGGUACGACCCUGUUUCAUUAUAUCGCCUCACCUUGCGACUGAUGCUGGAAUUAUGUCUUCCCAACAAACCUGCAACGUAUCGCAUUGAAUAACCUUCAUCUAGGAGAGUCGAUGCUCGUACUGCCUCCUCCAUUGAUAAAUUUCUUUGGCGGUUCAUUUUUUUAUUUGAUUUUUAUGCGAAUGAACUUCCAAACAUGCAUGUGAUGAAAAAUAUCACAAUAAAAAACUUGUUUCUCACAAGCACUUUGCUUUAAUCGGCACUUUUUAUGAAAAGUUUAUCUCACUUUUAGUAUAAAACGAAGUUUAAUACAAAUUGUUGUUAAAACAAGACUAUUAUUAUACAAAUUAUUGUUUGUUGUUGUUUGUUUGGGUUUAUAUGACUGCGGACACUAAAUCCAUUCGCCAAAAAUUAUUGUUAAAACAAGACUAUUAUUAGCUUACAUAAUAACUGUCACUGUCAAACAAAGUCCAUAGGCAACUUGUCGUACAGUAAAUUGUCAAUAAAUAAAGAUUAUUGAGAAAAAUAUGAGUGGUGCGUUAAUUUUGUCCAGGAGUUUAUAUACGAACACGUAUAAUACUAACAGAACCAGUAACAGCUAAGUAAUACACUCACGGACAAAAAUAGUGCAUAUUUUAUUUUACAUCCAAGUUUAUUUCUUUACAUUUUUGUGAUUUAUAUUGAUAAAUAUUAUUCACUGGGGCGUUUUACUUUAUUAAUAAUCAAAGUAAUUACAUAUUUAAUAAAAAAAAAAAAAACAAAAAUGGUGUAAUAAUUAGUAUUUCCUCUUCUAACUGUAAUGAUAGCCUGCCUUCUUUAGAGUUAGAGUUGUAUAUCUGAUAAAUUCUCUAUGAAUUUGAUUCCAUUUCUCCUGUAUAAUAAUUCUUAAUUGUAUGAUUGGAAUGCUCUGUGCCCAUAAUUUUUUUUUUUGUAGUUUUUAGCUCGUUCCACAGAUAGACUGGGAGAUAUUAUACAGAAGUUCAGCCACGAUUUUCUGAGUCCUGCUUUUUGCAAUAGUGGAAGGGUAAACGAGGUACUCACAAUUUGUGGAAAUAUCCACAAAUUUCCUGUGACAUUUUCCUGUAAAAAUUAGAUUUUCCCAAAAAAUAAAAAUAGGGUUUUGCGAUGAAUUUCUGAGUCCUGCCAUAUCCGUAGAAUAUGGAACAGGACACUAUGGAUUUUAUGAAGAAAAUUUUUUGGGCAGGAGUGUUGCAAACGAGCUAACGGAGUAUAUAUGUAUACAAACAUGUAAGGAAAAUAAUGAAAUAUUCAUGAUUUUCUGGGUCCUGCCAACUAAAUCAAUUAAACAUAUUUAUUUCAAAAUGAUCAAAAAAAAAUGUUGGUAUGACGUCUCCUACUGUUUUAGUAUACUUGUCCCUUGGAAAAUUCUGCGGAAAAUUUUCACCCUGACUCCGUGAUUUUCUGAGUCCUGCCUUUAAAAAGUUUUAAUACUCAAAUGCAAUCAAUACUUUUUCGGUACUCGGCAGGAAGGUUAACCGGUUCUUGUAAGACGGCAGGAGUCCUAGAUUUGUAAGAAAAUUCGUGAAAAAUUCCACGAUGUUCUGAGUCAUGCCAUUUUGCAUAUGUUUCAAGAAUCUUAAUAUAAGUCUAUUUACAAAGAGGCAGGAUGGUUUUAUAGUUAUUUCGUAUACAGGAUGGGGCAUUAGUGUGACAAAGUCCAAUUAACUCGUUUGUCGUAGGAGAUACGAAAAAAAGUUAUUUAGGUAAAACAUGGGGCAAAGAUGGGAUCAUAAUUUAAAAAUAUUUUCUAAUAUACAGAGCUACCCGUAUUCACAGGGUGACACAAACUUAUGUUUUUUUUAAUGGAACACCCUGUAUAUAAUUUUAAGAUUUCCAAGAUAAUUUAACACAAUUCACCUAAUCCAAAAAGGUUCCUAAGGGAGCUAGAGCUCUUUGAAGAUGGCGCCUUGUAAUUAGUUUUUAUAUCUCCAGAAUGCUUCCAUUUCGAUAGAAAAAAAACUGGUCCGCCUUUUUAUCUUCCAGAGUAAAUCGAUUCCAUCAAUUGCGAAUCUAUAGUACCGGUCAUAGGAGUCUGUUUUAGGUAGGGCAGCGGUUAUUUUAUCGCAUAACUUUUUUGUCUUUAGCUUUUAAGCAUUUUUAACACUAUAUUAUUAAAUAGUAUUUUAGUACUGAAAGGUACUCUUGCUUUAAGUCGGUAGGAUGAACCGGUUUCUAAAAAAAUCACUUUUAAAAUUUUUUGUGUUUUGAAUUUAAGAAAAAUUAAAAAAAAAGGUGUAUUUACCGACUUAAAGCAAGAGUAACUUUUAGUACUAGAAUACCUCAUAAUUUAAUACUCUACUGUCAAAAAUGCUUAAAAAUUAAAGCAAAUUAUGAGAUUUCGUUGAUCUACCCAAGACGGAUGCCUAUGACCGACACAAGAAAUUCACAAUUGAUAAAAUCGAUUCACCUUUGGAAGAGAAAUAAACGUACCAGUUUUCGUUUUUCUGAAUAGUUUUUUUUUUCAAAUUUAAAAACCGAAAAAUUUUUCGAAUCGAUUUUUCCAGAACACGGCGUAUCCUACCGACUUAAAGCAAGAGUACCUUUUAAUACAAGAACAGUUAAACACAGAAAAGUUAUGCGAUAAAAUAUCCGUUUCCCUACCCUAAACGGACGCCUAUGACAGGUACUAAAAAUUGACAAUUGAUGGAAUCGAUUUAUCUAUGGAAGAUAAAUAGGUGUACCAGUUUUCGUUUUUCUAAAUAGAAGUGUUCUGGAGUUAUUUAAAAAAAAACUAGUUACAGUACGCCAUCCUUAAAGAGCUCUAGCUUCCUUAGGAAGCAUUUUCGGACUAGGUGAAUUGAGUUAAAUUUUUUAAAAUUAUCUGAGGAUCUCUGGGCUUCGUUUGUUAGAAGAGUUUCUGGACACCCUGUAUAAUAGGUACAAUCCCUACUAUGUAUAAACAAUUAAUUGUAAAAUUAUAUUAUUGAUUUUCUUCCUAUUACUUUUAUUGCGUUUACUUAGAUAGAAAAAUGAUCUAAUCGCUUAAAAUAAAGAUGUUACAGUUUGAUAUUUGAUUUGAAAGGUGUGUAAAAAUCCGAGACGUUACUCAGGAAAAUAAUAUUUAAUACCGUACGAUUGUUUUAACGAUAUAAAAAUUAAUUUUUAUGUAUUAAAUAUUUUUGCAGUUAUCCUGCCACGUUGUAAACGGUUUUAGAUUAGUGUUUUUUAAGCAUAUUUGACAUGGCAUGACUCAGAAAAUUGUGUUGAUAUGAAUAUAUUUGUAUAACAACCUGCAAUAAUUUUACAGACUUAAAAUUUUAUUUUUAUAUACGAAAUAUCUACACAACCAUCCUGCCUCUUUGUAAAUAGCUUUAUAUUAACAUUCUUAAGAUAUGUGCAAAUGGCAUGACUCAGAAGAUCGUGUAACUUUACACGAAUUUUCUUACACAUUUUUUAACUAUGUAUAGUAAAUAAGGUGUAAAUAAACAUCCUGCCAUUUUGAAUAAUGUGUUAUUAAAUUACUUAUAUUAUAAUAAAAUUUAUUUUAUGACUCAGAAAAUCACGGAACCAGCGUGAAAAUUUUCCACAGAAUUUUUCAAGGGACAAGUGCAGUUAAACAUUAGGAGACGUCAUGCCAACAUUUUUUUCGAUCAUUUUCAAAUAAUUAUGUUUAAUUUAUUAAGUUGGCAGGACUCAGAAAAUUAUGAAAAUUUCAUUAUUUUCACUACAUGUUUGUAUAUCUAUAUACUCCGUCCUUUUGCAACCCUCCUGCCCAAAAAAUUUUCUACAUAACAUUGAUAGUAUCCUGUCAUUCUAUGGAUAUGGCAGGACUCAGAAAUUCAUCGCAACUUCCCAUUUUUUUCGUCAUCUAAAAUGUAAUUUUCACAGCAAAAUGUCACAGAAAACCCGUGGAUUUUUCCAUAAAAUGUAAGUACCUUUUCUAACCUUCCAGUAUUGCAAAGGGCAGGACUCAGAAAAUCGUGGUUGAAGUUCUGUUAAUAUCUCCCGGUCUAAGAUGAUUUAUGGGAUUUGCUUGGAAUAUUUGCUGGCCGAUCAUUUUAAUGCAUUAACACAAAAUUAUCUUAAUAGUCAAUAAAGUCUACGUAAGGCGAAACGUGUUCUUUUGAGAAUUAAAAAAAAUUGAAGAAAGACUUCUGUGUAAAAGGUAUAUUUAUUAAAACCCCAAUAAAGGGCUACAUUAAAAGACAGAACGUUUUCGCUCUAAAGAGAGCAUCAUCAGUGUUCUAAGCAAGCUCUACAUGCGAAGCCACCAAAAAUACAUAGGUUAAAACCCUUAAAACGCCGACCAAAAGUCUUACAUUGGCGUGUAUUAUGUUAAACCCUGGCGAUGGGUAAAAAUGAAAAAGAUAUACCUCACAGCAUUAUAUGACUCUACCACGUGUAUGUGGGUGGUUGAGUUGAUUUCUCUGUCUUCACAAAGAGAAAGGUGAAAGUCAACUGGCUGUUUAUUGGGGUUUUAAUAAAUAUACCUUUUACACAGAAGUCUUUCUUCAAUUUUUGUAAUUAAUGGUAUACAGCCAGUUACGGGAAAUUUUUCCUUAUGGAUCUUUUGAGAAUAUUGUGUAUAUACUUUUAUUUGUAAUAAAAUGAAAAAUGCCUAAAACACUUUUAAGUAAACAAAUAAAAAAAUUACAGAACACGAAAUAUGCAAUAUUUUUGUCUGUACGUGUAUAAUCUUAUAUUUUCAGUUUUGUUCGACGACUUGAAAAUGUCAUUUUCUGUUAUAUGUGUCAUAUUUUACCUUGAAGAAUUCUUUAAAUUCAUAAUUACUCGUAUUUAGGCGGUGGUCUCCAGUAGACGCUGUAGGCUGCGUAAACUUUGAAGGACAUAAACUAUUUUACACCCGAAAAUAGUUAAAAAAAGAUUAAUUCUAAAACAAAUUUAAGUUACAGGGUGAAUUGAAGUGACCACUGACUUAGCCGGUUGUCUCCAAGAGGCGGUAGGCUGCGUACAGCGUCUAUCGGAGACCAUCGACUUAGAUUUUUGUAUCAAAAGAAACGAACAACUAUUUAUUAUACGAAGUAUUGAUUUGCUUUAAGAAAUUAUAAAUUUAGUGACAAUAAAAGUAUUAACGAAUUAAGAAAAAAACAUGAAUAUGUGGUUCCUGUGAACACUUUGUAAGGUGCGUGAUUAAAAUGUGAACUGAUGUCGGCAUUUAUUUUGUAUAUUUUUGUACGAAGUGGCACAAUUAAAGCCUUUUGUAAUCAUUAAUGCGGAUGAUUUGCGUAAUAAUUGUUUUCAUUUUGUAGAUGUAAUAUUUAUUAAAUUGUACAUAUUCUUUCUAGUUUUAUAUUGUAUAAAAUAAAAUUCAUCAUAUCUA